UCAAUUUCAUUUUCCCUUUUCUUUUUCAAAAAAAAAAAAAAAAAUACAUAUAUGAGGCGGCAUCUUCUAGAAGCCCUCUUCGCCGCCGCCGCCUUCUUGCUCCCGGCGGCAGCGGCGGCGGUCCAGGCAAGUCAUCACCUCCUGAACACCACCGGCGCCACCACCUCCGGCGGCGGCGGCGGCGGCCGGUGCAACAUGUUCAGAGGAAAAUGGGUUUUCGAUGGGUCGUAUCCAUUGUACGAUUACUCGAAAUGUCCUUUCAUGUAUGACGAAUUUAAUUGCCUCAAGUUCCGGCGACCUGACCGUAUGUACCUCAAGUAUCGAUGGCAGCCAUUUUCCUGCAACUUGCCAAGGUUUAAUGGGUUGUAUUUUUUGGAGAAGUUUAGGGGGAAGAAGAUAAUGUUCGUGGGUGACUCGAUGAGUUUGAACAUGUGGGUGUCUUUGAGCUGUAUGAUCCAUUCUUGGGUACCUAAUGCAAGAACUGCAUUCGUAAGAACACAAGGCCUUUCUGAAAUUGCAUUCUUGGAUUAUGGAGUUAAGCUGUUGCUAUAUCGAACUCCAUUUCUCGUGGACAUGGAGAGCCAAAAGGCGGGUCGAGUAUUGAAACUUGAUUCGAUCCGAAGUGGCAACUCGUGGAUGGGAAUGGACAUCCUCAUCUUUAACUCUUGGCAUUGGUGGACUCACACAGGAAGAACUCAACCAUGGGAUUUAUUGCAAGAAAGAGGGAAGCUCUACAAAGACAUGAACCGAAUGAUCGCAUACUACAAAGGUUUAACGACAUGGGCAAGAUGGAUCAACCGAAAUGUCGAUCCAUCCAAAACUCGAGUCUUUUUCCAAGGAAUCUCGCCUACGCAUUACGAGGGUAGCGAUUGGAACGAGCCACUAAAUUCGUGCAAAGGGGAAGUGCAACCAUUCUGGGGUUUGAAGUAUCCGGCGGGAAUUCCUCUGGCGAACGUGGUGGUCGACAAAGUUUUAAGCCGGAUCAAGAAACCUGUUUAUUUGUUGGACAUCACGGCGCUGUCGCAAUACCGGAAAGACGCGCACCCGACCUACUAUGGUCGCCAUGGCUUGGAUUGCAGCCAUUGGUGUCUCCCUGGCUUGCCUGAUACUUGGAAUCUCUUGCUUUAUGCUGCUCUAUUCAAUAAGUAGAAAGAUCCAAUUUUUACAUUGAAUUAUUUGGACACAACUAGCUCAUUUGAUCAUGUUGUAUUACUAUGUACGUAUGUAUGUUCUUUGUUUGUUUCAAUUUAUGAUCGAAGAAGAGAUAGAUCUCUUGUUUGAUAAAUGAACGAACUCGAGUUUUGUU